AUGACUCCAAAAUUAUCCUUAGAAGUUGCUUGCAAUAUUGCUAUAGAGCGAGGAGGAUUAUGCCUUUCAGAUAAGUAUAUUAAUGAUCAUUCACCUUUAUUAUGGCGCUGUAUUUGUGCACCCAAUUGCCGUCGUUCAAUCGAAGAGGCCAAACAAAUCGCACAUGAUAGAAAUGGUGACUGUCUUUCUGAAAACUAUAUAAAUAGCAAUUCACCAUUAUUAUGGCGCUGUGCUAUAGGUCAUGAAUGGUCUUCUUCCUUUGCUAGCAUAAAAAAUAGUGGGACAUGGUGCCCGCGAUGCAUAUACAAUCAUCGUCUCACACUUGAGGAUGCUAAACAGAUUGCUAAUAGUAGGGGUGGAAAAUGUCUUUCCGAAAAAUUUGAGAAUAGUAAAUCAAUUUUGUUAUGGCGUUGUUCUAAAGGGCAUGAAUGGUAUGCAAGAUUUCAUAGUAUUAAAAAUCUUAAUUCAUGGUGUCCUUAUUGUGUGGGUCACAGAUAUACUCUUGAAGACGUUAAACAAAUCGCUAUCAAUAAGGGUGGUGAAUGCCUUUCUCGAGAAUAUAUUAACAGUUAUACCCCUUUAGUCUGGAAAUGUAAUAAAGGUCAUCAGUGGUCUGCAAAACUACAUGGUAUAAAACAUCUUAAUACAUGGUGCCCAAAAUGCGCAGGUAAUCAACGGCUCACUCUUGAAGAGGCUAAUCAAAUUGCGACUGUUAAAAAUGGUAAGUGUCUUUCCAAAAAAUAUAUCAAUGGCCGUCAGGCUUUAUUAUGGCAAUGUGCUGUAGGUCAUGAAUGGUUCGCAAGUCUUGAUCCUGUAAAAAAUAAAAAUACAUGGUGUCCUGAAUGUAAUUAUCAUAAUAUUGAGACAGCAAAGGCUUUGGCACGUACUAGGAAUGGGGAAUGCAUUUCUUCAGAUUAUAUAAAUAAUAAAGCUCCUUUACAAUGGAAAUGUGAUAAGGGACAUACAUGGACUACGAAUUUAAAUAAGAUAAAGGACUACUACCAAUGGUGUCCUACUUGUGGUGGACGAAAUCGAACUAUUUUUGAUAUGAAGAUUCUAGCGCAAAAAAAUAAUGGAGAUUGUCUUUCAGAACGAUAUUAUGAUGCACAUACAAAGCUUCUUUGGCGUUGUGAAAAAUCUCAUAUAUGGGAAGCCCCUCCACAAAGUAUUCUAAGAGGGCAUUGGUGUUCACUAUGUUCACGUUUUAAACGUGAAAAUCUAUGUCGCGAAAUCGUAUCGAAAUAUUUAGGGGGACCAUCAAAAAAUCGCAAACCUGAUUUCCUAAAAACAUCAGAAUAUCCUACAGGAUUGCAACUUGAUAUUCCUUAUUAUCAUUAUGGUUUCGCGAUUGAAGUGCAAGGUCAACAGCAUGAAAAAUAUAUCAAAUUCUUUCAUGGAGAAGACAUAAAAAAUUUUACCAAUCAACAAUGUCGAGAUCAAAUUAAAAAGGAACUCUGUGAAGAGAAUUGGAUCGUGUUAAGAUAUGUUUGGUAUUAUGAAGACCCAUAUAAAGUAAUUCCUGAUAUCCUUCGAGAACUGGGUCUUAUAGAAUAA